AUGUUCGCCUUGUGGCACCAAGGAUGGACUCAUGUUUUGCGUCUUGUGGCUGCUAUGAAAGGCAAAGGUGAUCAUAAACCAGCUCCUCGGAUCACUGAAGCUGACAAAACUAAUGAUAGAAGAGGCAAAGGUGAUUAUAAACCAGCUCCUCGGAUCACUGAAGCUGACAAAACUAAUGAUAGAAGGUCAUUACAAAGAGCUCUUGACAGAAGGCUUUAUCUCCUCCUUUAUGGAACCACAUAUGAGGCUCCCAGUGAGAAGCCUGUCUGGCAUUUUCCUGAAAAAGUUUACAAUUCUGAGGAGGCAUUGUGCAAGAAGAGUGAGCAGCAUAUUUCAUCGUUCAAGCGCAGCUUCUUCAAAUCUCAAGCGAUUGUGACCAACAAGUUUAAUGUCGAGAUGUGUGAGGAUUUUGUUUGGGUGACCAAGGAUGAACUGUUGGAGUAUUUUCCUGAGCAAGCUGAAUUCCUUAACAAGAUGAUCAUUAGCUGA